GGCUGCUGCCGCUGCUGUGUGGGUUUCUUUACACUCGCUGGCAGGCUGGGUGCCGGCUCCCUCGCCCACCGGGAAAGUGGGUUACGGAGGCAAGAGGCUCAGCUCAGACGCUGGCAAAGGAGCAUCCAGCCACAGAGAGACCAGAGAACACCUUCUUUUUGGCCGCCUUCUCUUCAUCUUUUCUAGAGGGUUUUAUAUUUUGUACUCUCUCCUUUCAAAUUUUGUUUCUUUGACUUUUCCCCACCUCUUCUCGGGUUUUUGAGGGCUUUGUUGAGUCUUAGAGGCAAAAGAGACUGAGAGAGGGAAAGAGAGAGGCAAAGUGGAAAGGACCACAAAUUGGCAAAGCCCGUUACGCCUUUGCCGUGGAUGAAAGCCCUCCGUUUGUAAAGCCCUCUCGGCGAGCAGCAGGCCCACGCACGUCCUCCAGAGUAGCCCGCGACCCGCACCUCGGCGUGGCCACCAUGGUCGCCAGAGUUCAGCCUGAUCGGAAACAGUUGCCGCUGGUCCUACUGAGAUUGCUCUGCCUUCUUCCCACAGGACUGCCCGUUCGCAGCGUGGAUUUUAACCGAGGCACCGACAACAUCACCGUGAGGCAGGGGGACACGGCCAUCCUCAGGUGUGUUGUAGAAGAUAAGAACUCGAAGGUGGCCUGGUUGAACCGUUCUGGCAUCAUUUUUGCUGGGCACGACAAGUGGUCUCUGGACCCCCGGGUUGAGCUGGAGAAACGCCAUUCUCUGGAAUACAGCCUCCGAAUCCAGAAGGUGGAUGUCUACGAUGAGGGUUCCUACACUUGCUCAGUGCAGACACAGCAUGAGCCCAAGACCUCCCAAGUUUACUUGAUCGUGCAAGUUCCACCAAAGAUCUCCAACAUUUCCUCGGAUGUCACUGUGAAUGAGGGCAGCAACGUGACCCUGGUCUGCAUGGCCAAUGGCCGUCCUGAACCUGUUAUCACCUGGAGACACCUUACACCAACUGGAAGAGAAUUUGAAGGAGAAGAAGAAUAUCUGGAGAUCCUCGGCAUCACCAGGGAGCAGUCAGGCAAAUACGAGUGCAAAGCUGCCAAUGAGGUCUCCUCGGCGGAUGUCAAACAAGUCAAGGUCACUGUGAACUAUCCUCCCACUAUCACGGAAUCCAAGAGCAACGAAGCCACCACCGGGCGGAAAGCUUCUCUCAAAUGUGAGGCCUCGGCAGUGCCUGCACCUGACUUUGAGUGGUACCGGGAUGACACCAGGAUAAACAAUGCCAAUGGCCUUGAGAUUAAGAGCACGGAGGGCCAGUCCUCCCUGACGGUGACCAACGUCACUGAAGAGCACUAUGGCAACUACACCUGCGUGGCUGCCAACAAUCUGGGGGUCACCAACGCCAGCCUCGUACUUUUCAAGCGUGUUUUACCCACAAUCCCCCACCCCAUUCAAGAAAUUGGCACCACCGUGCACUUCAAGCAAAAAGGACCUGGGUCGGUGAGAGGAAUAAACGGAUCCAUCAGUCUGGCCGUACCACUGUGGCUGCUGGCAGCAUCUCUGCUCUGCCUUCUCAGCAAAUGUUAACAGAAUAAAAGUUUAAAAAUAAUAAUAAAAAAAACACACAAAAAUGCGUCACACAGGAUACAGAGCGAGAGAGAGAGAGAGCGAGAUGGGGGGAGACCGUUUAUUUCACAACUUUGUGUGUUUAUAAAUGAAAGGGAAAAUAAGAAAACGAAGAAGAAAAUACAACAUUUAAAACAAUUUUAAAGUCCAUCAAUAAAAACUGAUGUAUAAUUCAGGGUGGGAAAAUUUCUACCAAGAAAUGUGUAUUUCUAAGCAAAUGUAUACUGUGUAAAGACUCCAUCAUGGUAAAGAGAUCCAAUGUUGUAAUAAUAAGACAACUGAAGAAGUACCAGAUGGAUAUUAACCCUCCACCACCACCACCACACACACACACACACACACACACACACACACACACACACACACUAUCCUUCCUUCAUCUUUUUUCAUUUGUGGGGAAAGAAAAAAUACUGUCUUGCAGGUCUUGCCUUUGGUGUUUAUACUUCCAUCAUCAUUUUAUUCUGAUUUUUAUUUGAGCUGACUCAUAGCCAUUCAGACUAUGAAUGGAGUCCUGCCCUGAGCCUUACCUGGCUUUCCUGCCUCCACUCUCUCUCCAACUUUUAAGACCAUUUCCUUUCCCUCCAGUGUGCUCUAUCUCCCCCACAUCUGUCCGGGAUAUGCCCCCUUUAUCCUCCCCCCGCCGCUUCCCUUCACUCUCCCCCGCCCGCCCCGCCCCCAGCACUGGUCACGCCGCAGAUGCCAGGAAGCGCCAUUCUAAUUCUCUCCACUGCGCGCGCGCGCUGUCUCUCGCUCUCAACGUGGGUGUACGUGUGUGUGAGCGCGUGCGCCUCUCUCUAAAGCAUGCCGAGGGAACGGUCCAUGUGUACAUAGACUCAUUGUGCUGUAGAUACUGUCGCUCAUCGUAAUCUUGAGAUGCGGCUGUGACAAGGGGCUGGGGCCGUGAUGGGAAGGAGGCCAGGCGCAGAGCUGCUCCCCCAUCCACGGCUGUCACAGGACCUGUGUGUAUCAGCCCAAGCUGGGCCCCGCCUCCGGGCAGAACCUCAUCUUCCUCCCAGUGCAGUCGUCAGAACCCAGUCCAGAGUCACUCAGAUUAUCACUGUCAGUGAAAGUGCCUACUAUUGAUGGGGUGAGCAAACAGCAGAAAGAAUCAGUGAUGCGUAUGAGGUGACCUAAGAGAGAAGGUUGACCGACUUCACUCUUGUUUCCCGCGUCUGAGGGAUUCAUGCAUUUCCUGGCUUUUUGCAGACUCUUGGUCCUGCUGUGCCACAGGAAUGAGUAGCAUGUGUGGAGCAAAUUCCCAGAAGCAGGAAGGUCUCCAAGUGUUAAGUCCUAAUGAAAGGAUGAAGAGCCACGUGGAGAUCCUAAGCAGCCCUGGUUUGCCCCCUCUGCAGUCUUCAAAUAACACUGCAUUUGCCCCAUGGAUUUCCCUGAGCAGAGAUUUUCCCUAUUUCAGAUAAAAUACAGUGAGCAUAAGCAAGGCGGGAGAAGUACAGGUGCCCAGGUCCCUACUCAUAUGGUAGAAAUACUAUCACAGCCCCAAUACAAAGCACUAGCCAUAACAAAAAGGAACCCCCUCCUUGUGCUCCUUUGCAGCUCUCUGUCCUGGUGUUUUAGGCUAAUACUUUAUUUGGUGGCCCACAUCAUCUCCCUUCUCAUCCACUGAUGGUGUUUGCAGCACCACUGUUCACAGUAUUCCAUCAUUGUCUUAGGGCUGGCCACUCCACUGGGAACGGCAUUAUACUCCAUCUUUCCUGCUCAGUCUUGGCUUCUAGUCUCCUGAAAAAGAUACAGUGGGGGAUAUAGUGUUUAAGUUUACAUCUACAAGAGCCAUCUUGCCAUUAACACUGAAAUGUGAGUUCUUAACCAGAAGAGCUGAGAAACUUGUAAUCAUUUAGGCAAAACUUACAUACAUACCACAAAGCUUGGCAUCACCACCACACCAGAAGGAUUUUCUUAGGAAAAGCCUUACAGAGAGAUCUGGCUCUCUGUGUGUAGAUAUCUUUGUCAGGAAACCAACCAUUGCUUUCACUUGGAUAGGAGGCAUUGGAAAUGGCUCAGUUAGUGAAAGGAGAGAGGAUUGUUACUGAGGUCGUAAUUGAAUGUAUUUCAGCAGGGCCAAAUAUGGUACCUCACCAAGUCUUAGAACCUGGGAAAUAGCUGUUAUGUGAUGUAAAACAGGAAACUUCUUAACUGUAAAUCAGAAAGGGAAGGAAGGAAGGGAGGAAGAAACAGAAAGACAGGGAGGGAGAAAGAAAAAGGAAAAAAGAGGGAGGAUGGAAGGAAAGAGGGCAGGAAGGAAGAAAGAAAAAUUAAAUAAAUAUGAAAUUUAUCUUAAUAGAUUUUAUUAAUUGAAGGCUCUUUGCAAUGAAUCUCAUCUUUGAAGGUAAUGAUCUCCUUGUUGAGCAGUAAUCUUAAUCUCUGCUAGGGAAUUUCGUUGUUUGUUUUAAAAGCUUAGCACGAGACUUCUUUUAUGAUUUUGCAGUUUAGACAUGAAAUAGAAGGACACAUUGGGCUUGGUGGUGGGUAAAAGUAUUUGUGGCAGAUCCUGACAUAGGGCUGACAUUCUUAUCCAAGAUGGUAGCUACUAAAGUAUAGAGAAGGCGAGCCAUAUUCCUAUGCAGCAUCAAGUUAUUGACAAUCAGGGAUUUCCCUAACAGUUUAGUCUUCUUAGUGCAGGAAUAAAAGCUUAUCAUCCUUGAUGAUCAAUAUUUCCCAUAUAUUGAAGAGUCAGCCUCGUCCUUAAGUGGAAGCUGUAGUGGAGUGCAUGCUAAUUUAAAGAUAUAUAAAGAAGAGAAAAGUAAUAGGAGUUAAUUCUGAUUAGUAUCAAUUUCAGGAACAGAUCCCCAUGGCACGUCACAGAAUUUAAUCAUACACCUAGAUUUCUUAUUGUCUCUACCUUAUCCUAAGGACAAGGUCUUGGCGUUAUGGAAGGAGAUUAUCCAUUGAAAGGCAUGUCUUUGCCAUGUCGGCACCAUUUGUUCCCUGAGUUUUAUUAUGAUGGUCCGUAUAUUAAACAUAAUUAAACAUGUAUUGAAUAUUGUGGUGUUUGCUUAUAUCUCUGGUAAGAUCUGGGUAUUUUGUCCUGUCUCCUGUUUCAGAGCAAUCAUUGACCCCAGAAACCUCAGAGGUUUGAGGAUGUUUUUAAACAAUGUGAAAAAUGGAAGAAAACGUAGUUUGGAGAAAGGUCAGGAAAAAGGUAGAAGCCAGAGAACUGACACCAAGAGAGUAAGUUUAAACACGGGACUUCUUGGAAUUUAGUUCAUCACAGUGUGAUAAAUCUCUUCAAGAAUUUUGUCCAUGGGUAAUCAAAGCUUGAAACCCUACAAUGAAAAGAACCAACUGUUUGGAAGCAGUAUACUGAAAGGAGUGAAAUACAUCAAUUAAACUGAAUGGCUAAUAUAUUUAAUGUCCUUUGUAUGCAAAGUAAAACUCUACCAUUCAUAGAAUAAAAUCCUUAGACCUGAUUUGCACUUAACUAAAGCGGAAAUGACCUUGACCAAGGGCAGUUCCUGAAGAAUGAAAACUGUCCUAGGUUUUACAAUUGCAGAAUUAUAUCCUCUGUGCAAUUGUUCACCAGAAUGUUUUGCCUUGUUGGAGGAACAGUCUUACUAGUUUUGAGACAUAAAAUCCCUCUGCUGUAAAAGAACUAAGGCUUAGGGAAAAGUCCUUUCAUUUUCCACUGGGAGGAAUUGUCCCAUUGACCUUUGCCUUCUCUUCCAAAUCAGACAGACGUCACCCUUGCCCUGAGCAUUUUUUUACUACAUCUUCAGACAAUUGGGGCUAUUCAUAGAGACCUUGUAAAAGUACUCGUGAUUUUCAUGUUCUUGGAGGACAGAAACAAAAGUCUGUUUCUCCUCCAAAAAUGGACUUACCUCCUUUGCACACAAAAACUAAACUCCUCAGCAUGAAACUGUUUCUGAGUUAUUACCUACUAAGUUAUUAGCUUCUUAACCAUUCCAGAAUCAUAGAUUCCAUCCCCAGGUUAGUUGUGGUUUGACUGCUUCUGUUGGCUUGUGUCCCAGAAUUUCCCAUUUUGUUUUUUGCAGGUCUUGAAUUAUUUGUGGAAAAAUAAUAUAUAUGUGUAUGUAUUUUUUUUAAAUCUUAUCUUUACAGAUGCUAUAUUUACAAUAUUGUAUGUAUUAUAAAACAAAUCUAGAAUAAUGAUUUAAAGUUAAAAGGAAGAAAAGUACUGAAUUUGGUUUUAAAAAAAGAGCUAUGCUUCAUUUAGAAAGACAUGGAGCCCCGUUUUUCUACUUUGUAAUGAUUUGUUUAAAAGGAAUUUGCUUAUGGACCAUGUUCCAUGGGAAUAACCAUGGCCUUAUUUUUCUCUUCAACUUUAAAACCUUUCAGCCUGUAUUUAGUCUUGGUUCCUAAUAACUAUCAUUUUUUUAAAUAGAAAUAUAAGUGCAAUGCUAUAUCUGACCUACAAAAACUAUUAAUAUUUUGAAGACAAAUAUUAAACACACCACAAAAAUUGUUAGAUAAAAACCCUGAGUUAAGAAAUGCAAAUCCAAUUUAGGAAGGCUCCUUUACUUAAGUGUUUAAAAUAUUUCUUCUCCAAAGACUGCAUUUGCUCCAGUGGUGUAAAUUUUCCAGAGCGGUUGGCAUAAUAUCUGUAAACGUCUCACUAAAGGCAAAAUGGAGUUUACAUUUAUGUGCAUAGAGUAGAAGAGAAGUAAACUAUGCUCAUUUGCAGCUAUGUUGUUAAACGUGGCCAACUGAUAUUCAGGAAAGAAUUUUUCUUCACCCAGCAACGCACAUGACUUUCCUGUUGGCAAGCAAACUGGUGUUAAUGUUAGGGGUAGGUUUAGCAUUUACACCAGCGUAAAUGUUUAUGGAUAUCAUGGAAAACUUAUUUUAAAAUCUUGAUUUCCCUUCAGCGCAUUUACAUACUGUGUGCUGAUUAAUAAAUUAGGCACCAAUCAUGUGUAAAUCAGUAGUUUAUGUACAUAAUAUAAACUAUGUAAACUUCAUUUUUCAUGCAGGGCGCAAGUUCAGCUAAACCUAUGAAUCUGAAAGGAAAAAAAAAUUAAAUAAAAAUAAAUAAAAACCAAAGCAUGUCACAGGUCAGAAUGGGAAGAAGGAUGACUAAUUGCCCAAACAUGAGGUUGUCUCAGCAAAAGGAAGCAGACCCACAGAACUGUUAAAUGUUCACAUCCUGAUCAGGUCACAGGAGGCCACCUCUUUGUUCCUUCAGGACCUAAGUGGGGUCUCUCCCAACUGUUGCCACAGUUUUCUCACCUGACCCCAGAGCAAGGGAAAUGGAGAGACAGGAAGGACAGACUUCUAAGCGCUCAUGUGUCUGUUACAUCAACUCUCAAGUGUCUUCUUUACCUCUUACUUACCACCUAAGAAGUCUCAUUUCAACAGCUCCAAGGAAAGUAAGUUACCUAUACCUUGAUGAGCAAAAUAUUAUUCAGUUUUUAUUUUCCAUCCAACAAAGUCAUUGGGAGAGCUUCUUUGUCAUCUCAAUCCUAAGAAAUUGAGGGGUGUUAAAAAAAUAUGUUAUAUCCUUGAGAAAUAUCUUGCUAAAUCACCCUAGGAAAGAGCUACUCUUGCUUACUCUGGUAGAUCUAUUUUCUAUAUAUCUAUCCUGACUGUUGCAAAUGAGGACAGAAUCAUUUUAAUCGGGAGUAUCUCUCUCAGGCACGUUCUCUUGAAGUCUUUUUGAAGUGUCUGUUGUGUUUCACAGAAUGACAUAUACAUGUCUUCUGCAAUCUGCACAGCUGGUACAUAAAUAGUCAUCAAAGAGAUCACUACAGGGACCACAUGAAUUUUCUGCAAAGACUGUUAUCGAAAGAAAUUUAGGUCAAAUUAAUAUUACGCUUAAAGUACACUCCUCUACCCAAUAUAAAUGACAACUUUAUAAAGUGAGGUAGGUGGAAGGUGGAUUGGGAGUCAGGAAAAUUGGGUCCUAGCCCUGGGUCUGUACUAUAAGCAAGCCAUGUGACCUUAGGUAAAUUAGUUAAACUUUCUGAGUCUUGGUUUUCUCAUCUGGAAAGUGAGAAAUUUGAAUGACAUCUCUAAAACUUCUGUCUUCUCUAAAUUCUCUGAUUCUGAAUAAGAAUUUAAUCCUCCUGUAGAGCUGUGCCCACCUCAUCAUUCUAAGCAGCUAUUUGUCAUCUCUGGUUUGAUCACUUUGAUCUAGUUUGAUCUUCACUUCUCAGAACCAUCAUGCCAACAUCUCCAUCUCCAAAGCCAAAACUUUCUAGAAUACAGGGUCCCUGGACUGGUUGUAUAAUUCUCUUCUGAUCAAAACUUCUUAACAAUGUAGAGAAGGGACACAUUCAAAUUAUGCUGCUGACAUUGAGAGAGCUGGAGUUGUUUCCUUAGUUAAAAUAUUAUAAAAUCUAACUGUUGAACUAUAUUCCAAUAAUCUUUCACAGGGAGAAAAUAGCCAGAUUAGGUAUUAGGCAUGUAAUAAGUGAAGAAGUUGUGCAUGUGAAGGGAAACAGUUGUUUCUCAUCCUGGGCCAAGUGCCUCAUGAUAGUAAAUGGUUGUCCUUGAAAACUCUUUGCUUGUGCUGGUGGCCAUAAGCAUGUGGUCCCAGGCAGAUUCAAAGGCUGUUCUAUGAGAAAUGAACAAGAUAAUAUAUUUUGUUUUGGAAGGAACUUCUAAUGGCAUAAGUUUCCCUAAACUUGACUUAUAGGCUCUGUAGUCAAGUAAAUGGAUGGAGAGAAAACAAACCUCAUUUUCAAAGAGUACAAAUCAGGACCAUUUUAAAAAGGCAAGUUGAAAAUAGGACAAAAAUAAACACAUUUUAGCAGGUUAUAGAGCUGAAUAUAGUAAGAGUUGUGAAGGCCAAAAUCAAAUGUGAAAGUUAAGUACUCUGAGCAGAGCAUAAGUAGAGAGGAUGGUUUCUCAGACGAUUAAUGAGGAAUUACCGUGUGCCAUGUUCUGGAUGGAUUGAGCACAGCUGCACCUGUCUUGAUCCAACAAAGUAUAGCCCCACGCUAUGCUAGAUGCUCAACUUAGCAUCUGUCCAAUGGUAGCUUUUCAUUCAUUGCUUAAGAGAACAGAAAGAAUCCGAGUCUCCUGUGCACUGAAAAGCAGGGAUUAUUCAUAACUUCCCAGCAUUAGUAUCACUUUAGAUAGAUAAGGAUUUACAAUGUGCUUAGAGUAUGUAUGAAACUCCCUUUAAGUGGGAAAAUGACCUGCCCAUGAGACAACUCCCCAUUUCCAGGGUGAUUUCAGAGGUGCCUCUUUUUGAGUGAUGCUCCUGGGCAACUCCCACAGCUAUGUUCUUCUCUGAACAAGCCCUCUCUAUGUAAAGCCAGGUACAGAGUCAAAAUCUGCUUCUUGCAAAUGAAGAAAACCCUUGGAACCACUAGCUUCCUGUCAUGCGGCAGUAAUUCUAAGCUAUCUGGAGCCUUUUUUUAAAAAAAACUCACUUCCCUGAGUCUUUGCUCUUCACCAGAGAAUGUUAAAGGUUCAUCCUGGUGAAUUACAACCAAGUUCUGCUCCCUAAGUGUUUACUGGGAGUGGGAGAAGGGUAAAGUGAGGAAAUUACAGAAGGAGAGAAGCAUGGGAGAAAACCUCCAGCUUCCUUCCCCUUCCACCUUCCUUCUCACUGCUCUAUUGAAGGGUGUAUAAAUUCUGCUCUUGGUUAGAAUUCUCCUUAUUAACAGUGUUAUAUACAUAUAAAUAUAUAUAUAUGAGUAUAUUCCUUUUUUCAUCCCUCUAGACAUAAACAAAACUUUCCUUGAUGACAGAAACUCAUGGCCAUUUUUCUGUUUGGGUUUUUUGUUGUUCAAGGCUUUUUUAUAUUUGUUUAUUGGGUGGAUUUUUUUCCCCCCUGGAUACUAGCUCUGUGAAGGAAAAUAAAAAGCGUAGUGUGUGUUAAAAAAAAAAAUUAAAAUUAAAAAAAGCUUUUUUCCUUUUCUUUUUAAAUGUAUUUAAAUUCUGUUUCUCUGUUCUGUUACUUUACACUUAUGAAUGCUCUGCUCUUCUGUGAUCUUAAAACAAAAUGAAAUAAACGUGAAAAGGAGAUGUGUCUUUAUUGACCUGA